AUGGCAACCUCUUCCAGCUCCACUGUUGGACUGAAGCUCCUCAUCGAUACAAAGCAAGAAAAGGUUCUCUUUGCCGAAGCUGGUAAGGACUUUGUCGAUUUUCUCUUCAGUCUGCUCUCUUUGCCUCUAGGCACAGUCAUCAGGCUUCUCGACAAGGAUGGCAUGGUGGGUGGCUUUGGAAAACUCUAUCAGAGUGUAAAAAAACUACAUCAUACAUACAUGCAACCCAACAGUAACAAGGACGUGCUUCUUAAACCUAAGGCACCACUUGGAUCCAACAUCCUUAAGCUGAGCAACACUGAAUCAUGCUCUCGGAAAGCGAUCUACAUGUGUGCGAGUGGGAAAGAUCACAAGUAUGUGUCCGAGGACCCCAAAGCUAAGUGUCCAUCCUGUAAUCAAACUUUGAGCGCGCAGACCACUUAUGUUGCUUCACCGUCGACUACCUCAGAAGAAACUUCAGGCGCCGGUGGAGUAGGGUUUGUUAAAGGUGUUGUGACAUAUAUGAUUAUGGAUGAUUUGGAGGUGAAGCCUAUGUCCACCAUCUCCAGCAUAACUCUUCUCAACAGGUUUAAUGUCAAGGAUGUGGGGGUUCUUCAAGAGAAGGUUGUUGAUCUUGGCAUGCAGGAGGGUGUGAAACUGUUGAAGGCGUCUCUUCAGUCGAAGUCGGUUCUGACGAGUGUGUUCAUUGGGAAGAAAGCUGCUACAUCACCUGCAUGA